AUGAUUACAGCUGGCGGUGGUAAUCGUGGGUUCAUAUCGUAUCAUAUCUGCAGCCCUUACUCGCUCUAUUCUUUUCUCUCGACUUCUUUCUCUCUUAAUCCUUCACCCCCAUUUACUAUUCACUUAACUUUCUUUCAUUUUACUUUCUUUCUUUCGUUCUAUCUUUCUUUUUUUGUUUGGAUUGUCAUUAUUUUUUACUUUCUAUAUUCCUUUCUUCUUUCUUUCUUUACUUUUCAUAUUUUUCUUUCUUUCUUUUGUAUAUCUUUCUUUCUCGCAUUACUAUAUAUUUCUUUCUUUCUUCCUUUUCUUUGUAUAUCUUUCAUUCUUUCUUUCUUUCAUUCAUUUCUUUCUUUCUUUAUUUAUUUAUUUCUUACUUUACUUUGCAUUUCUUUCUUUCUUUCUUUUGCAUAUCUUUCUUUCUUUCUUUCUUCCUUCCUUUCUUUCUUUCUUUCUUUACUUUGCCUUUCUUUCUUCUGUCUUUCUUUCUCUGUAUUUUCUGUUUUCUUUCUUUCUUUCUUUCUUUCUUUCUUUAUUUCUUUACUUUGUAGAGCUUUCUUACUUUCUUUUGCAUUUCUUUCUUUCUGUCUUUCUUUCUUUGUUUUUUCUUCUGUUUUCUUCCUUCCUUCCUUCCUUUCUUUCUUUACUGUGUAUAUAUUUCUUUCUUUCUUUCUUUCUUUCUUUCUUUCUUUCUUUCUUUCUUUCUUUCACUCUCCAAUUUCUUUUCUCCCUUCCUUCUCUGUCUUGUUUCCCCGAAAUAUGUCCAUCACAGAUUUUCAUACGCACCGUUUUCAUUAUCUAUCUAUCUAUCUAUCUAUCUUAGGCAACCUUUUCAUUGUCUAUCUAUCUAUUUAUCUUAGGCACCCUUUUCAUUAUCUAUCUAUCUAUCUAUCUAUCUUAGGCAACAUUUUCAUUAUCUAUCUAUCUAUCUAUCUUAGGCAACCUCUUCAUUAUCUAUCUAUCUAUCUUAGGCAACCUCUUCAUUAUCUAUCUAUCUAUCUAUCUAUCUAUAUAUAUAUAUAUAUAUAUAUGACUAUUAUUAGUCAUAACGCCGUACGAGUGAUACCAUUAUGUAAACCACGGGUCUUCAAACGUGUUCCGAACGACGUCUCUUUUAAGUCGCUGAGGUGUUUCAGGAUAUCGAUAAUAGACAAGGCAUAA